UCAUAUCAAUAGAGAGACCAAUUCUCACUUUUGUUCAUUUGACGUUUCCUGAAACAGUUGACUUUUUUCUUUUUCCCUAUAAACCCAAUCAUAACACGUUGCAACAUAACAACGAUGAUGUCGUUUCCAUUUCAUCUCCUCAUCUUAUUAUGUCUCUUCACUUUCGCAACAGCACAACAGCCGUACGUCGGGGUAUCAACCACCGACUGCUCUGUUUCCGACAACUCAACCUCUGUUUUCGGCUACUCUUGUAACGGCCUCAACAGAACUUGCCAAUCUUACGUCAUUUUCCGAUCGACUCCUCCUUUCUCCACCGUCUCCUCCAUCUCUUCGCUUUUCUCCGUCAACUCAUCUGUCCUCUCCUCCCUCAAUGCCGCCUCAACUUCAACUUCAUUCCCUUCCGGUCAACAAGUCAUCAUCCCUUUAACUUGUUCUUGUUCCAAAGACAAUUCACAAUCCAAUCUCAGCUACACAAUCAAGCAAGACGAUUCGUAUUUCGCCAUUGCUAACAACACUCUUCAGGGGCUUUCGACUUGUCAAGCUUUGGAGAAACAGAACAAUGUUUCCUCUCAAUCUUUGCUUCCCGGUAUGAAGAUCGUUGUUCCUAUCCGUUGCGCUUGUCCUACGGCUAAACAGGUCAACGAAGAUGGUGUGAAGUAUCUGAUGAGCUAUACUGUGGUAUUCGGAGACACGGUGGAUAUCAUCAGCAAUAGAUUUGGAGUUGAGACGAGCAAAACUUUAGAAGCUAAUCAAAUGUCUUUUGACAACUCUGAAGUUUUCCCUUUCACCACAAUUCUGAUUCCUUUACAGAAUCCUCCUUCAGUUUCCAACUCUUCUUCUCUCACUCCUCCUCCUCCUCCUCCUCCGACUCCAUCGGUUUCUCCUCCAUUGUCGCCGGACGGUGGGAAAUCGAAGAAAACAUGGAUCUAUGUUCUUGCCGGAGUUUUAGGAGGAGCAUUGGUUUUGGUUGUGACUGGUGCAGUCAUCUUCUGUCUGGUUAAAAAGAAACCGAAAACGCAAGAGGAAACGAGAAAUCUCGAUAGCUUCACGGGCAAGAAACCGCCUAGGUCUUAUCAAGAAUUCGAUCCGUUAGAUGGUCUAUCAGGGAUGGUGGUAGAGUCCUUGAAAGUUUACAAAUUUCACGAACUACAGUCAGCAACGAGUGACUUCACAUCGUCUAGCUCGAUCGGAGGAUCAGGAUACAUCGGAAAAAUCAACGGCGAUGGUGCCAUGAUCAAGAAAAUAGAAGGAAACGCAUCUGAGGAGAUCAACUUGUUAUCGAAACUAAACCAUCUUAACAUCAUCCGUCUCUCUGGAUUCUGUUUCCAUGAAGGAGAGUGGUACUUAGUCUACGAACACGCUUCAAACGGAUGCUUAAGCGAUUGGAUCCACACGACGAAAUCGUUACUAAGCUUGACUCAGAAACUACAAAUCGGUUUAGAUAUAGCAACGGGGCUUAGCUAUCUACACAACUUUGCUGAUCCUCCGUAUGUUCACAGGGACUUGAGCAGCAACAAUGUGUUCCUCGACAUCGAGUUUCGCGCAAAGAUUGGUAAUUUAGGUUCCGCAAGAUCAACGACCGAAGAUUUCGUGUUGACGAAACACGUGGAGGGAACAAGAGGGUACUUAGCUCCUGAGUAUUUGGAACAUGGGUUAGUUUCAACUAAGCUUGAUGUGUAUGCUUUUGGAGUUGUGUUGUUGGAGAUUGUUACUGGUAAAGAAGCUUCUGAACUGAAGAAA